AUGCCAGUAAAACCUUCAGAUAAGCUCGGGAAUUCAUGGAAUCAUGAUUCUUUUUCUGAAAUUUGCCUUAAAACGGAUUUUUUUCGUUCAAGUGUUGAAGAAUGUUGUGCACUACUUCAUACAUCUUGGAAAACAGGUCUGUUGACACAUGAAGACAUUCUAUAUCGUCAGUCUAUCUAUGGUAUUAAUAAAACAACUAUUGAAAGCAAUGAAUCUCUUUUUUUUCGGUUUUUCAAACAAUUAACUGAUAAUUUUUUGAUGAUGUUGUUACUUAUAAGUGCAUUAAUAAGUUUAUUUGUGGGCAAUGUUAAUGAUGCAGUAAGUAUUAUAAUAGCGCUCAUAAUGGUAGUUUCAGUGGGAUUUCUGCAGGAAUAUCACUCAGAAAAGUCUUUAAAAGCAUUAAAUAAUAUGGUAUCAUAUAAUUGUCAUGUAAUUAGAAAUGGAGAGAAUCAAUAUAUAGCUGCAUCAGAACUUGUCCCUGGAGAUUUGAUCAAGUUUUCAAUAGGUGAUCGAAUUCCUGCAGAUUUACGAAUUACUGAAGCGAUUGAUCUUGAGUUGGAUGAAUCAAAUUUGACUGGUGAAACGAAUGCAGUCUGUAAAAAUACUGAUGCACUUCGAGAAGACAGACUGGUUGUUCCUAUCAGUGAGCAAAGAUGUAUUGGAUUUAUGGGAACAUUGGUAAAGCACGGUAGUGGUUCAGGUAUUGUAAUAAGAACAGGAAAAAAUACAGAGUUUGGUUCAAUUUUUGAAGAUAUUCAACGCAUAAAAUCACCGCGAACACCGUUACAAAAAUCUAUGGAUGAACUUGGAAAACAACUUUCUUUGUUUUCUAUUAUUGUUAUAGUCAUAAUAUCUUUAACAGGACUGCUACAAGGAAGAUCAUGGCUAGAAAUGUCUACUAUUACUAUAUCUUUAGCCGUUGCGGCUGUUCCUGAGGGUCUUCCUAUUAUUGUGAGUGUUACUUUAGCUUUAGGGGUUCAUCGUAUGGCAAAUAAAAAAGCAAUCGUUAAAAACUUGCCAAGUGUUGAAACAUUAGGAAGUGUUAACAUUAUGUGUUGUGACAAAACUGGAACAUUAACUGAAAACCAUAUGACUAUACAAAAGAUAUUUACAUUGGGUGAAGAUGGCCUCAUAGAUAUUUCGUCAGAUUUGAAAAAACCAUUAUUUACUAAUGACAAAACUCUUAAAUGUCUUUUAAAUAUUGCCAAUCUUUGUAAUAAUGCUCGAAAAAGUAACAACAGAAAAUUCAUUGGUCAAUCUGUUGAUGUUGCAAUUAUGGAAUUAAUUGAAAGAUAUGGGUAUAAUGAUAAUCGUAUGGUAUAUACACGUACUCAAGAAAUCCCUUUCUCUUCAAAUAGAAAAUGGAUGUCUGUUACAGCAUAUCCUUCUUCUAUGACUCCAUCUUUAAGUUCUGUAUAUGUAAAAGGUUCUUAUGAAGAAAUACGUAUGAAAUCUGUUUCUGCUUUAGAAAAAAAUGCAAUAGAAAUACCAUUGACAAAAGAUAUCAUUGAAAAAUUUGAUAGAGCUGCUCUUAACAUGGCCAGUGAAGGCUUGAGAGUUAUAGCUUUAGCCAGUUUAUCUAGUUCUUCUAAUCAAGGCCUUACUAUAGCUGGUCUUAUUGGACUACAUGACCCACUUAAAAAAGAUAUUAAAGAAUCUAUCCAACGUUUACUUCAGAAUUCUAUUAGAGUUGUUAUAAUAACAGGAGAUUCAGAGGCAACUGCUCUAUCAACUGCAUAUAACAUUGGCAUACCGAUUCAGUAUCCAAAAUCACAUAAGAUUAAUCAGGGUUAUCAGCAAUUUGAAAAUGUGAUAUCUGGUAAUAGUUUUGAAAAAAUGACAAAUAAACAACUUUCUGAGGCCAUAAGCAAUAUUAAUAUAUUUGCUCGAACUACUCCUAGACAUAAGAUGAAAAUAAUAGAAGCAUUUCAAACAAGGGGUAAUAUAGUUGCAAUGAUAGGUGAUGGUGUUAAUGAUGCUCCUGCUUUAAAGCUUGCUAAUAUUGGUAUUGCUAUGGGAAAAUAUGGUACUGACGUGGCCAGAGAAGCAGCAGAUAUGAUAUUGACUGAUGAUUCGUUUUCAACUAUUUUAAAUGCAAUUGAAGAAGGCAAAGGAAUUUACCAUAAUAUUAGUGCAUUUAUAACAUUUCAAUUAUCAACAUCUAUUGCUGCGCUUUCUUUGGUAUCUUUUGCUGUAAUUUUUGGUUUUCAGAAUCCUUUAACUGCUACACAAAUUUUAUGGAUAAAUAUUCUUAUGGACGGUCCUCCUGCACAAAGUCUUAGCUGUGAAUCUAUUCAUUCAAAUGUUAUUUCAAACCAUCCUCGUGAAAAAAAUACCCCGCUUUUAACAACAGCUCUUCUUAAAAAAGUUUUUAUUUCUGCAUUUCUCAUUGUUUUUGGGACAUUUUUUAUAUAUAUAUUUGAAAUAAAUAGAAGUACAGAACGCAAAUCUACUACUAUGGCUUUUACUUGUUUUGUUUUUUUUGAUAUAUUUAAUGUAUUAACAUGUCGUUCUAAUACAAAAUCUAUUUUCAAUAUAGGCUUUUUUUCUAAUCAUAUGUUUAAUCUGGCUAUUUUAGGAUCUUUUUUGGGACAAAUAUCUGUUAUUUAUAUACCGUUUUUUCAAAGAAUAUUUCAUACAGAAUCCUUAAGUUUAUCUGAUCUUUUAUUUUUAAUUGUUGUUACAAGUAGUAUUUUUUGGGCUGAUGAGCUACGGAAAUUAAAAACACAAAAAAAUAUAGUAAAAGAAUCAUUCAUAGCUGUAUGA